CGGGUCUGUCCUGCAUCCAGAGAGGAGAGCGCAGGUUGAAGAGUCCACACACAUACACCUGGACGGAGCCUCCAGCAGUUGGCUUCCCCCUCUAGGGAGUCCAGGCAGAGGAGUCUGAGCCUGUCACCAGGUCUUUGACUCACCCCUGAUCCAACGGGAAAGGCCACAGUGGGAACGCUCCAAGAUGUUUUUCAGAAUCCCGAGACUGACCCCGGGCUACAUCAGGCUGCUGCAGACCCAGGCCUUUCACAAUGUGGCCGUAGUGCCCCCAGCUGAGAGGACCAUGCCCAGUUUGGCCGUGCUGCUGGGGGCGGUGGGGAUCGCUAUGUGCGGCUACAGCUCCAGGCAGUUGGCCCUCUACCACCGGCCCUCUGCCCGCGUGCUGCAGUGGGUUGGCACGCACACCGAUGCCAGCGCGGCGGCCCACAAGACCCCCCUUCUGGAUGUAACUCGCAGGGCCAACGCCUGUCAGGAGAUCCCACCCACCUCCUUCGUUGGCCAGAAGUUCCCUUAAGAUAAAAUGUGAUUGGAGGGUUGGAUCAAGGUCGGCCGGCGUCACUGGUUGAGCUUCAGUUGCUGCAUUGUAGCACGUCUAAGAUUGUAGCUAUGCUGGCCCGUUGCACAAAUGUGGCCCAUGUGCUCUCUGAAGAUGUGCUAGUGUGGAUUUCUGACUGAGCCUGUGUGUCGGGAGGAAGUUGGGAGCGAUAGCUUAUGUUGUGUUACUGAAAAUAGUGCGACACAUGUAAAAAUAGCUUAACUUCCGCUGGAUUUCAUGAAUUACUCCGUAAUAUUAGAGCCUUUAAUGCACUGAGUGGACACUAAUUAGUGUGAAUGAUUGGAUGAGCAUGUGAUGUGCUGGAGCUUCCCAAAGACUGGAGAAUGAAUGAGCUUAAAUGUUUAAUUCGGAGACAUUGUGUGUCUCCUUGAGGCCCCCCGUAACAAGGGACUGACACUUGGCAGCACCCCUCUGUACACAGAUGGUUGGCAACCCCUCUCGCUGUGCCCCCCACCCCUCCACCCGUCCCCACAGGCAGACAGCCAGCCAUGUGUAAGUGCUUCAGCAGCCCAUCCCUGUCCAUGACUUCAAUUGAUUUCCUCUGAGGAGAAGCGACCGCCAUCCAUCAAGUAGCCUUGGCGUCGGCUGGCACAGUCUGGCAUCGGCUGUCAAUCAGGAGACACUGGUGGAAGGCACAGGUUGUAGCUGAAUUAGUCACCAGUACUUUUUUUUUUUUUUUAGAAAAGAUUCUUUGUUCAGGGUGGUGAAAGAGAGAGUGGCAGGGCCUGUUUGCUGGAUACAAAACAUGUCUGAAGGCUUAUGUACUUUCAGUAUCAAGACCUGAGUCAUGUAAACAAACAAAUACACCCGCACAAAUACACCGUGCCGGAUUAUGAGACCUAAUUUGACCUCGCUGGGACACUGCCGCUGGCAAACGGGCAGGGUAAGGAUGGUGAUUCCUCCUGGAUAAGCCUGUGUGUUCUCAGUGGGUAUAAUUAACCCAGGUGGAAAAUCAUCCCCGGCACACACACUCAUACACACACUCAUGGACCUAAUCUGGUAUUAGAGAGACAAGGACCCAUGGGAGGCAGUUCCUGUGCAUCCCAACUUUGUACCUUUCCCCCUGCGGUGUCCACCAUUCGUCCCCCUGUCACACGUGGAUUUUUGAUGGUGUUUCCAUGUGUGUUUGGCAGUUGAAAGGGAUUUGAAAUGUGGCGAGACACCGAGCGUGGUUGAGAAUGCGUGCAGUGCCUUGCGGAGCGCAUACUGUCUUCAAAUGGACUGUCCCACAUGCUGAGUAUGGACAGUGUAGAAAUCAAUUGAACCUGAUAUGAUGGUGACACGUCAUAAAGGGGGAGUUUCAUUUCUCUAUAAACAAGAAGAGGUUUAACCAGUAUUCUGUAAGGUUGUGAAAUAUGAGGAUGGUGAGAGAGUUGAGUGUUUCAUCACUGUGAGGUCGGCCAGAACUUGUAAUCCAAUUUUUUUUCUUCCUCGCUCAAGAGCCGCUCUUGUCUGUCGGCCAAAUUGGACCAGUUGCAGCUUUUUAGAGCCCCGGUACCGGAAAUCCAGAACCAACGAAAUGAUCAUAGUCCACUCAGCAUAAUGGCGACGUGAGGGUCUCUAAACAUCAGGAUUGUGUGUUCAUACACCUGAUGGAAAAGGAAAAGGUACAUCAGGGUUUUGAACACUUUGCAGAUUCAACAUGAGCUUCACCUGCUGUAAAAUCCAGGUAUUUCACAUGCUGGUACUCAUGUCCAUGCAUUGCUCUCCCACGAGUGUGAAAUCAAUGUGUGUGUAUGGGUUGGAGGCGGUGUAGUGCACCUGGCUGGUUUUGAUGGAUUCUCUCUAUACUGCAGUGUUGCACAGUGAGCACGGAGCCCCUGUGAAAACCUAUUGAUCUCAGUCAGCGAGCGAGGUGGCGUCUGCUCACUGCAGCAAACUUCCUGUUUCGCUCAGCACCGUGCAGAGCAGCCGAGACGGUGCACUGACAGAGCGAAUACCUGCAAACCGUCAGCCGUCAGAAAUAAAGACUUUAGACUUUAUUGUCCCCUGGGGGAAAUUUGUUUAAAUACAGGGGAUUCGUUUGGAGGCCCAGUCUUCGUCUUUGUUUGCCGAGCUUCACACAUCAGUGCUCAUCCAUUACAUUCAAUGAAGCUGUGUCCAUUAGAGGAGAGAUUUGUUCUGUUAGCAACAUGAUUGAUAUUUAAUGACGACAUGUUGGAAGAGAUUUGUGAAAUAAAAGCAUGUGGCACUUCA